GUUUAUUUGAAGUAGGCAGGUACUGAUAAGAACCGUUUAUCUUAUUAGUGAUAUAAUCCGUUUUGUUUUACUAUCUGGUCAAUAGUCGCGUUUUAUGCGCACUGUUAUCUUGCUGAUAUGCCUAUAAAAUGUCAUAAUUUUUUGGAGUUUAUAGUACUUAUGAUAUAUUAUCUCAUGAUAGUACUCAUAUAAUGUAGAUUACGUACCUACAAUAUAUUAUAAAGUAAACACUAUACUAAAUUGCUGUGAAAAUGUUGACAUCAUACAUUUAAUAAUUAGGCAUUUAAAUGUAAUAUUUAUUGCGUUCACACUAUAUAUUUUUUUUGAAAAUAGUGAUCUCUACAAAGCUAAUGUCUGCAAAAUAUUUUAUUUGAACAUCCAUAUGUUCUUGCAUUUUUAAUUUAAUCUAUACAUAUAAUAAAUUAUGAUUUCGUGCAGUAUUGAAUCAAAAUUCCUGGCUUUGGUAUUUAUUAUUAAUAUUGGUCACUCGCAAGAGUUCAAAGGGUUUGAUGACACGAUUUUGUACAAAAUAAAUUGGCCAGGUAAAGAGGUAGCUGAAAGAUUAGGGAAGGUAAGUUAAACACAAUGAAAAGUUUAAAGUAAUAUGUAUUUAAAUUAUUUACAAUUACAUGGCUGCAUAAUAUUAAACAGUAAAAUCACAAUUACUAAACUUAUAGCUUGGAGGGUUCUGUAUUUAGUCUAAAAAUUGUACAUUUUAUAAAAGUUUGAGAGCAAAAAGAAAUUGUUGAGUUGCCUAAUCAAUUUAUGUUACAAAAUGAACAAUGUUAUUUUUUGUUAUAAAGUAGAAUAAUUAUAGUAACAUAUAAAUUUAACUUCUCAUAUCUUUUAUGUGGUAGGUUAUUACUUUUGGGUAAUAAAAAUUAAUACUUAAAAGUGAAAUUAUAUUAAUAUUGUUGUCUAGCUUUUAAAGUAACCUAAGUAAAUAUAUUCAUUGUACCUAAGAAAAAUAUCUUAAAUUUCUUACUUUAUGUAUCGGUAAUACUAAUUAUUUCAGUUUUAUGGUCAAAAAAACAUGUAUUAAUUUUAAUAUAUUUAACUAUUUAAGAAAUUGAAUGAUAUUUUUAUAUUUCUCUAAGAUUUUACUUUAAUUUAUUAUUGAUUCAUCAGGAACCCAAUGAAAAUACUUUGACUGUGAAAACAGCUAUUGGUGAAUCAUAUCGGUGUUUUCUACCUGACCAAGAUGAAGUGAAUAAAGAAUCCGAUUCAUCAUAUAUUGGACCUAGUCCAUUAGAACUAUUAUCACCAUUAUUCUCAAAACAAGCUUGUUCUUACAGAGUAAAUAUAUUAUAUAUUCAGCAUUAUAAAUACUUUAUUUGCUAUAGUUUAUGUCUACAUAUAUUGAAAUAGGUCGAUACUUAUUGGAUUUAUGAAGUAUGCCAUUACCGAUAUGUUAGACAAUAUCAUAACGAACGUGAAGGAAAAACACAGAAGGAGCAAGAGUAUUAUUUGGGUAGAUGGCAGGUUUUUGAAGGUUUCAAAUUAGGUAAAGUAACCAAAUUAAUAACAACUAAUGAAUAUUCAUUAGAGAUAUACCUACUAAUAAAAAUGUAACCAAAUUUUUUGUAUUGAAAUUUGCAAUAAAGUAGUGUUCACAUCCUUGUACAAAAUUUGUCUUUGUUUUUUGUUUAUGAUUUUAUUUGUAGAGGAAGAACUGAAAAGAUUGGCAAGUUUAAAUUAUCCUGGACCUACAAAAACAAGGAAAGUCGAUGGUGUUAAUUUACCAUAUUUUGAAAUGAACAUGUCUGAUGGCACAGUUUGUGAUCUCAAUGGCCGUCCACGACAAACAAAUGUGUUGUAUGUUUGUUAUCCUCAAAGUAAACAUAAUGUGUAUUCUGUAAAAGAAACCUCUACUUGUCAAUAUGAAGUUAUCAUUUUAACAUCAUUUUUAUGUACUCAUCCUUGGUACAAGUGAGUAUUAGAAUUUUAAAAUAUUAUUAAUUAAAAAUUAACUUCAUAAAAUAAAUGGUUUUUUGAAUAAUUAUUAAAUUUUAAUUUUGUAGACCACCAAAUAGUGAUGAAUUAAACAUUGACUGUCUUUCAGUGGACAAUUCACCACGCAAACCUCAUAACUUAAAAGUCCUUCAAUCUGAUACUUCUAAAUUGAAGAAGCAAAUAAAAAUGCUCACAGUAAGUUUAAGUAAUUAACAGUAAUUAUUGCAGUAAUGAACUAGCAAUAAAUACAGUUUGUUUACUAAUAAGAUAUUUUUUUUUUUUAUUUUUGAAAAAGUUCUUUAAUUUUUGUUUUAUGAUUAAUGAAGGACCCUCUCAAUAAAAAGGAAAACUUCAUACUAGCUGUUUCAAUAGAUAAGGUUUAUUUUUUUUUUUUUCAUUAUUUUUAUUAUUUUUAUUUUUGCUUGUUUUUUUCAUCUAGACUGUUGUAAUAUUAUAAAAAAAAAUGUAUUUCUUGUACAUUUAUAUAUUUUUUUUUUUUGAAGAAUGGAGAAACUAAAAUACAGGUUAAAAUACAACCAUCUGCAGAAACAGAACAAAUUGCGCCAAAAGAAAAGUCUUUAAUAAUGCAUGCUAAAACACCAAAUAUUGAAAUUAAUGAAAUUAAUGAAUUUGUGUUUGGAGAUGUAUGUUUACAUGGAGUGAGUAUUUUAAGAAAAUAUAUUUUAAUGAAUAUUAUGAUUUGUAUUUAAUAAUAUAUUUUUACUAUAGGGUUCUGGUUGGUGGACAUAUGAAAUAUGUUAUAAUGAUUACAUACAACAAGUGCAUAGAGAAAAGGGAAAACCCGAUGAAAUUGUUACUUUGGGCUUGUUUAAUAAACAAGACCAUAUUAAUUGGUUAAAUGAAAACGAAGAAAAAAAACCAAAGUUUGAUGCAAAAGGUACGAGAAAUGUUUUAUUUCAUUUUUACUCUUCUGGAUCUGUUUGUCAAAAAACCGGAGAAAAACGAGUGACUGAGGUAAACAUUAUAUUACUUAUUAUAACUAAUUAAUGAUAUAUUGGUCUACAGGGUUGCUACGCUAUUUAGGAAACAUGAAAAUUUCAGGUAAUUUAGAAUUUGUCAUGGAAAUAAUAAAAACAAAAAUUAUAUAUAUAUAUAUGUAUUUGAGUGGUCCUUAUUUAUGAGGAAAAAAAAAUUCAUAUUUCUGUCGGGACGCCUCUCAAUAUUUUUGAGAAGCAUAUAAAAAUGUCUACAAAGUUUGGCCAUAAUAAGUGAAUUCUAAGAUGCAGCAAAAGGGUUUGAAAUUGUCCUAAGGGUAGUAUUUUGUAAUUUUUAAGUUUAUUAAAGUUUAUGUUAAAACUACAGCACUUGGAGUAGAAAUUGAUAAAUCCUUAAUUGUUGAGCAUUAUAAUAUGUAAAAAAAAAUAAAUUUAAAGUUAAAAAUUGUCAUGUAAAUCUAUUAUUUUUGAAGGAAAACAAUAAAACACACAAAUAAUUAAUUUUUUUUAGCGAAAUUCAUUUUUUAUAAUUAUUUACUAUUAUUACAUUUAAAAUUUCUAUUAUAUUUUAAUUAUUAUUUUACAUAUUUUAUUUUAUCAUUCCAUUAAAGUACUUUUUCUUGAAUCACGGUGAUUUUUCUAAUAGUCAGCCACGAUUUGUAAAAGAUAUUAUUUUUCUUUGUUUUUGGUUAGAAUAAAAUUGAAAUCUUCAAUUAGUUUAAUUGCAUUUUCGGCACUAUCAUUUACCACUUUCAAAGCCUGUAAUUUUCUUUUAGCAUCUUGAUAAUCUUCAUUAGUAUUCCAAAACUGAGGAUCUCUAUUAAAUAACUAGUUUUAAUAUCAAAUUGUCUAAACAAUUUACUGAAUUUGGAUAAAUAAAUUCAUUGAUUGUUUGUUUUCUUAACAAAUAUCUUUUAAUCAAUUGCUACAUUGAUUUUGUUAAUGAAAAUAAAAAUAUUUUUAAGCAAUAUAUUGCUUUUGCCAUCCAUCGGUGUAUGAUGAAAGGCACUUAAAGCUCGAAUAGAAUUACCAUAAUAAGAAUUACUGCCGAGAAAUAUAAUUAAUAAGUUUAAUAAUUUGAGGUAAUCUUCUCUUGGUUGAUUUUUGGCUAUUCUUGCAAUACAAUAUUUAAUAUCUUUUAUUGCAUCAUUUAAUUUCAAUUUUACAUAUUUACCCUCAUAGCCUAAUUUUAUAUUCUUAGAUUUAAUUUGAGACCAACUUUUCUGAAAUUUUUUAAAUAAAGGUAUAUUGGUGAUAAUAGAUUGAGCUAUAUUAUACUUCUAAGAAUGAUUUUAAAUAUAUUGUGUCUACAUGGUAAAAAGAGAAGAUCCUUUAAAAGCUUUUGUUCUAAAAGAAUGCACGCUGCUUGCAAUCUUCCCAUAUAUGAAGAUCUCGUAUCACAACAAGUACCCUGAACAUUUUCUAUAAGAUUUAAUUCUACAAAUGUAUUAUAAACUGCUAAAUUUUGGUUUUAACCCAUUUCUGAUUUUAUGCAAGGGACACUUAACAAAAUAUUUAAACUUCCUUUAAAAACUAAAGUUGCACUUUAACUAGUUAAACUUCAUUUUCCUCAUGUUAGAAAAGAGUAUUCGAAUUAACUUGAAUAUUUGAUGGUAGUUUACCAACCACAAUUUGGCUUUCAGCAUAUCCAAUUGAAUAAAUCUGAUCUAUCAUUCUUGUCUCUAUGUCCGGUAAAUAUUUUAAUUAAUAAAUACAACUGUAUAAUGUAUAUAUAAACUUAAACACUAGAAAAACGUUAAAAUAAUAUUGGAUAUACAAAAUAAACUCGACACUGUGUAGUUAAAAGCAAUAAUUGAAGUCGUGAGUUGUAAUGUUCAAAUUAAAUCCAGGAUAAAAUAAAUUUAUUGUUAAUACUAAUCAAAUAUCAACGUAUUUAUAAUUUUAAACGUUAUCAAAAACGAUAAUAUUCUAUUAUUAAAUUUUUGCUCAUUACAUUUUUAUUGACAAAUAUAAUUAACAUAAUUAAUUAUUUAUGUAUACUUUAUUGUUUUUCUUGGAAAAUAACAGAUUUAUAAGAAAAUGUUUAAUUAUAAUUUUUUAGGUAUUGUCAUGCUCUACAAUUAAGGAUCUAUCAACUUUUACUCUAAGUGUUAUAGUUUUAACAUAAAUUUUAAUAAACUAAAAUAUUACAAAAUACUACCCUUUGGACAAUUGUCAACCCCCUUAUGCUGCGUGUUUUAAUUGACUUGUCAUGGCCAAACUUUGUAGACUUUAUUUUUAUAUGCUUCUCAAAAAUAUUGAGGGGCAUCCUGAUAAAAGUAUGAAAUUAUUUUUCCCCUAUAAAUAAGGACUAUUCUAAUAUGUAUCAUAAUGAUAUGCAUGGUGAAAUGCUUGGUGCUAGAAAAAUUUACAGAUAGACCAAAAAAGUGAUGUUUUAUGCUAAACCUGUCUGGUUAAAAUUUGUAUUACUUCUCUGUGCUCUGUUAUAGUCAUAGCACCUCUAUAAGUGCGUCUUGCGUCCCCCUAGGCAUGAUUGUAUAAUUUAUCAAAUAGUAUUAAUUGUAAAAAAUUGCAUUUUAGAACUUUUAUUUAUUGUUUUAUUUCACAGAGAUUGAAUAAAUAUUGUAUGAUUUAAAGAAGAGAUUGAGUAAAAUUAUUUAUUAUGAUACAGGUUUUUUAUAGGUAUGUGUUGUAUCUCACAGAAAAUAUCCUAGAAAAUUAGGGAAUUUUGAAAUUUAACAUCUGUAGCAACCCUAGGUAUAUAAUUGAUGACAAAAUCAAAAUUACAAUCAAUACAAUAUAAUGUAUUGUAGAGUUUUAUGAACUGUUGGUUAAUAUUAAUAUGUUGUUGAUUAACACUUUUUUAGGUUCGGUACAAAUGUAAAAUCGGUCAAUAUAAUGAAGAUACAGUAGCACUUUAUUUGUAUGAACCAAAAACAUGUAAAUACGUAUUAACAAUAGAAUCACCAUCACUCUGUGAACUAAUAAAUGGACCAAUAGAUGAAUAUGGAUUAUUUAAAGUGAAAGAUAAGAAGUCUGAUAAUAUAUUAAAAUAUAAAUUUGAAGACAACACAGAUCCAAAAUUGGAUGACUUUACAGAAAAAAGAACUGUAGAUUCUACAGAAAAAGAAACAGAAAAUGAAGAAAAUAAAAAAUUGUCUAAAAUAGAACUUUAAGAUGUGGUGAACUUGUUUUUUUUUUAUGUAAAUUGUUUUUAAAAAGUUUAUAUACCUAUUAUUAUGUAUUUUAUUUAAUGCAUCUUUGAUACAUAAAAUAAAUUCCCAGUUGUUAAAUGAGUUUUUAAAGUAAUAUAUGUUUUAUAUAUAUAU